UGGUGAUGUAACAAUGGGGAGGGUAAAAAACAGGAAGUCAGCAAUGUGGCACAUCUUAUCAGUGUUGUGGUGUUAAAUGUAGUACAGGUGUCUUCAUUUGGCAGUGGAAACGUUUUGAGCAACAUGUUUUCCCAGUCUUUUUAUGGAAGGUUUUCCUACGGAUGCUUUUGCUGUCUUUUCUGUUUAGUUAGCUGGAAAGAUUCCCACUGAGCAUCUGUGCACCAAGCACAGCAGUAGCACGGUCAGCGUGGCUCAUUGUUGUUUUUAGAAACCUGUAAUCUAAGCACAAAUACAGAGGCUAAAUGUCCCAAUUUCAGAGUUUCAGAGAAAAUGACUCUAGACACAUGGAAAACAAUCUCAAAUGUGAAAGGUUGAACUAUUUUAAGUUUUCCAAGGAUGACAGAACCUCGUCAACCCACUGCUGGCAUACAGUUUUUCCUAGGGCUGAGGUUUGGGUUAGAUUCGGAUUUAGUGCUGGUAGCCUCUAAAUAAACCCAUCUCACAGGAAGGAGCAAAAAAAAAAAUUAAAAAAAUUGUAGGAAAAGCACCAAACUGUUAAGAGUGUUCUCUGGACGGUUUAGACCCAGAAAAAAGUACAAAGAAGCUCCCUGAUCUUAUUUGAAUGAUGCAAUUUGCAGAAAAACAGAUAUUAGAUUCAGGGCGUUGAUCCUAAAUUUCGAACUAAUUUCUGAGUGCGUAUUCCUGAAAAGUUUUGAAUGGGUGGACACCUGAAACAGGAAGCCCGGAUGCGGUCCUGUUUAUGUAACAUUUGCCUGUUUUUGGGAGGAGAAGCUAACAUUUGAGCCUGACUUCUCAGCUGGAGCUCUUUGCCCAGUCAUGUUCUUUUCUGUAGAGCGAAGAAGAGGGGGCACGUCACGUGGGUUAGUGACAGUCCGUUUAGCGCUUUCUAAUUGGCUUAAAAGCCCUUAGCCCGUCCCCUACGAUAGGUUGUCCUUGCCGACGUCACCACGAUCAGCUGUUAGAGCUCUACAACAACAACAAAAGAAAUCGCAGUACAGGGACCGAGGAGGAAACGGCGGAGACAAAACUGCACUGCGACUCCCCAUGUGCAGUCCCUGAAAAUAACGUUUUUAUUCUUUUAUUUCUUCCGCGAAGAAGCCUAGAUUUUUUCUAUUUUUCGAAAAGUAACGAAUCUACAUCCGUUUUAAGGAUUUUAAUCGCGAUUUUAAGUCGGUCACGUCUCGUUCUCCUGCCGCAGGUCUCUCUUUUCUUCUUGUACUUUUGCACUCGUGGAACCCCAACGUGGAGCGAUAUCUCUCCUGAGCCUCAGAUGAUCUAUGACCACACCUUACUGAUGCACUUCAGCACCUUUCUGGAGCCUUCCACCUGCUGUGUAGCCUGCAGCUGAUGACCAAAACGACUGCCAUCUCUCCCCGCCGUUGCCCCGAGCUUCGCGCCUCACUCAGCCUCACGCACCUUCAGGACGCCCCGGGAUGUUCCAGAGGUUCGCCAGCGCUCUGUUCGGGGACAACGUGGAUCAGCUGAGUCAAUGCAGCAGACCUGGGGACAGCAAGGAGGAACAGGAGGAUGACUGGAUCCUUGUCAACUACCUGGCUGACACAUGCUCUUCUCAGUGUGGAGAGGGCCUCUCAAGAUCCACUGUCAGUCCUGAUGAUGAUGAGGAGGAGGAGGAAGAGGAAGAUCUAGUGAUGAUCCCCUCCCCCAUAGCCAACCCUGCCAUCCGCUACCCUUCCUGCACCUCCCUCAACUCCACCGCCGACACCGACCUGGACGGCGCUGCGGAGGAUGAGGAUGUGGACGAAGAGGAGGGCGGCUUCCUGCAUCUGGAUGCUUGCUCUCUUGAAGAGAGCUGGUUCGUCACCCCCCCACCCUGCUUUACCGGCCACAACAAGCAGCCGAUCCUCCUGGAGACCAGCCCCCUGGAGAACCUGCUGAUCGAACACCCCAGCAUGUCCGUCUAUGCCCACCACGGCCCCCUACGACUGGCCCGUGACCCCCUACCACCUCGCUCGCUCAGAAUGGAGUUUUUGUCCACCAAUCCAACAGCUUCAGGAAAGGAGAAGGCAAGACACGCUUUAGAAGGAGCUAAACUCAGGCCAGAGGUGGCAGUGUUUCAGCGUCGCUCCAGCCUCCACUCCCCCUGCUACGCUGCAGCGCUCUCUGCCCACACCGGUCUCCUGCAGCAGCGACCAGGUAACGUCACCCAACGCACCCAAUCGCUGUCCCGCAAGGCCUUGCGGCGCCUCAACUUGCUACGCCCCCUGAAGCCCGGCACCAUGCACCUGAACCAACCCAGUCAGAGGCACUUCAACUUCUGAAGGGGUUACAACAUCCCCUCCCACAUCAUCAUGAUCACCACCUCAGUACAGCCCGGGAAUCUACUGGCCACGCCCAAACACCCACCUCAUUUGUUCUCCUUUUGGAAGGAACACCAGCAAACAGCUCUUUAGCCACAGUCAGCUCCCAGCUCUGUUCAGCCUUAAUACUGAACAUUCAAAAGGGACGUGUGGUUGAUUUUUGUUUUUACUUAAAACAGAUUCUGUGGCCAGUGAACCGUUUCUCUCCUGACAUUUUCAUCCUUUCCAUCCAUAGAUGCAAUGAAGAAGAGAUGUGCACCCACUCCCUCUUUCAUCAGAUUCUUUCUUCUCAUUUCUACUUUGCAUCCAAUCACAAACACAAGAGAUGUCAUGACCCAUGACAUCUUCUCUUGUUAGUUUUUUAAUUUUUUUAUGUGUAGAAUCGAUGCUGUAGGUCACUUUAUUCAGAGGCAGGUUCACAGCGUGGCAGGAUGGUCCAGUGGUGCUAUUUCAGGGACUCGCAGAAGGAUGCUUGGUUUCCAAGAUGGCAGGAGACAUUUGGGACCCUAAAUCCUUAGGAUGUGUCGAGUAGUGUCAUAAUGGUCCAGAUUGAUGAGCGAGGAUGUGAGGUUUCAGUGUAGGACAGUGCCAAUAUCAGCUUGUUGUUUAAACAGAGGGUUGGUGUUGUCAUUGAGUAACAGGGAAACCACAAAGCGAAAAACCUGCACCAGUGUUCUGACACUAAAAUCAUCAUCAGCUGUUCCGUUUGAUUUGUUCCUUUUUGUAUUUCUCAACAGAACAGACUACGUUCACAGUUCAAAUGUUGCGUCCGCACCUCUGCUUUGUUAGAGAGGCACAUUUGUAAGAAUACUUAACUUUUAUUGCAUGACUACAACAAUUUAAUUACAACAAUCAAGUUACAGUUCGUUUUUUUACAAGUUUCAAAAUAUGAUUUUGCCAAAAAAAAGUAUGUUGAUGUCAUAGUUUUCUGUCUCAGUGACAUGAAAGUAUUUAUAUAUUUCCUUUCAGCUUCAGACAAUUGCACUCACAUGCUUUGUUCCACAUUUUGCAUUAUGCAAAAUCAUCACACAAAAAAAUCAGAACUUAGCAGGGUUAGGGGGGUCCAAGGUGGCAGUGGCCCACCUUGAACCCCCACUCCUCUCUAGAACCACCCCUGGCCCCUUGACUCAUUAUGAACAUUUCAUAAUUUGCCAUUUUGAGUGACAGACAAGGAAAGUGUCAGUUGGAAAUCUUCUUUAGAGACAUUUACGAACCUAAAGACAGCCCAGAUGCUGCAUUCAUAGUUUCCUAUGAAACUCAAGGCUGCAAAACUGAAAACUGAAAGAAGAGUUGGAACAAAUGUUGACUCAAACACACUUCUGUACUGUAGCUGCUUCACUUGUUGGACUUUUCUGCUGUUGAACAAGCAGACACGUCUCUACAUGUAUCUCUGUGAUUUUUGACUUAUUCUGCUCACUUGACCUCAGGUUUUACUUUUACUGAUCUUUUCCAAUUUUUAAACCAUCACUGCAAAUAAGCGAUUUAACUUUAUCUGAUACUUUGAAGGGGAUUUCUCUUUUUUAAAAUCCUGCCUUUCGAGAUAUUCAGCACCACAUUUUGAUCAAUUCAGCGCCUCCUGCAGCACAUCCUGAACCUGCUUCUGAUUCAAAACUUCUCACAUUUUCUUUCUGAGAAAAUUUAAAUUAAGACUGUAAAUUUUACUGGGUUAAAUAUCACUAAAUGCCUUGUUUUAAGUGCAGCUUUGAAAUGAAAUGUAAAACAAAAUGUAUGUUAAAAAAAACACAAACUUCCAAAAUAGUCUUUUUGAAAAUUAA